AUGCGCUAUUCGAAGCUUGUUGUUACUUGUGCCAUGGGUUUCGUCAGUUGGUUAAAAGGUCUCGAAUUAUGGGCUAAGAUUCUUUUGGGCGUGUUCACCGUUGGUGUUGUCGUUACGGUCAUCACAGUACCAAUUGUUGUGACGGCGAAUAAUAACACAACUACAGCGUCACCCACGACAACUACACCGUCACCCACGACAACUAAACCAAUUACCACGACAACUACACCAACUACCACGACAACUACACCAACUACCACGACAACUACACCAACUACCACGACAACUACACCGACUACCACGACAACUACGUUCAACGGAUUUAACGUCAACGGCAGCGCCGCCAACGGAAUCAACAGCAGCGCCGCCAACGGAAUCAACGGCAGCGCCGCCAACGGAAUCAACGGCGGCACCGCCAACCGAGUCAACGGCAGCGCCGCCAACAGAAUCAACGGCAGCACCGCCAACGGAAUCAACGGCGGCACCGCCAACCGAGUCAACGGCGGCACCGCCAACCGAGUCAACGGCAGCACCGCCAACGGAGUCAACGGCAGCGCCGCCAACCGAGUCAACGGCAGCACCACCAACCGAGUCCACGGCAGCACCGCCAACGGAGUCAACGGCGGCACCGCCAACGGAAUCAACGGCGGCACCGCCAACCGAGUCAACGGCAGCACCGCCAACCGAGUCAACGGCAGCACCGCCAACCGAGUCAACGGCAGCACCGCCAACCGAGUCAACGGCGGCACCGCCAACGGAAUCAACGGCGGCACCGCCAACCGAGUCAACGGCAGCACCGCCAACCGAGUCAACGGCAGCACCGCCAACGGAAUCAACGGCAGCACCGCCAACGGAAUCAACGGCGGCACCGCCAACCGAGUCAACGGCAGCACCGCCAACCGAGUCAACGGCGGCACCGCCAACGGAAUCAACGGCAGCACCGCCAACGGAAUCAACGGCGGCACCGCCAACCGAGUCAACGGCGGCACCGCCAACCGAGUCAACGGCGGCACAACCAACGGAAUCAACGGCUGCAACAACACAGCUUCUACAAUUCAAACUGCUAGACGAAGGAUCGUUGUCGAAUGA